CUUAAAUUAAAAAUAGACAAAAUGCUAAAUCCUUUAAUCGCUUUAAAAAAUAGAAUCUCAUCCAAACAUCUUGAAAGAAUGUACCUAUCUUUUAUUUUGCCUAAAAUAUAAUUCGGCUCUAUCUUUUACAACUGCGCCAUAGUUGGAAAUCUUUAAGUGAAAGAAGACAAGAAAAAAUGGCAACUCUUAUGUACAAAGUUACCAAAAACAAAGUCCCUCGCUAUGUUCAUGACAUAUACAGAAAUCUUCAAAAUCCUGGGGUAGAGCGUGCUCUUCGUGCCCGACACGAAUACAACAUUCCUGCUAGAUCAUCCACAAAAUUCACAAAUUCACCAGCCAUUGCACCAAUAAGAAUAUGGAAAACUAUCUCUUUAGAAGUCAAGAACAGUCCCUCAAUAUCAGCCUUUAAGUCACGUUACAAUAAAUGGAAAUAUAACCCCAACCCCCGUUCAGUGCUGACCACAAAACUAAACCUCAAAAGAUCUAUCGAAAUUAAAUUGAAUCGUAUCCGAGUUGACCUGGCAUCCAGAGCAGAUUUUUACAGACACAAUUUUAAAGAGUUUACAGAUCCCAGUUGCCCCUGUGGAUAUCAACAGCAAACUAAGUCGCAUUUACUCCUUGAUUGCCCUCUAUCGAAUGGAGCCAGAGAAGUUUUUACCCAAAACCUGAAGGAGCUGCCUAGUUUUAAUUAUAACAACUUUGCCACUUUAACAAAGUCUAGUAAAAUCAAGAUUAUGCUUUUUGGAGAUUGUAAACUUUCAGAUGAAUGUAACAAAGAAAUUACCAAUUUAUCAGCAAAUCUUAUAGACAAAAUCAUCUGAUACUUUAUAAAAAUUCAUGAUCGUAAGGACAAAGUUCAACCCAUCUUUCAUCAAUCAUUAUCAUUCAUUCCUUACAUUUCCCAUAAGGACUAUGUAACUCUUAUAAAAGACAUGACACAUGUUUUGAGAACCAUUAUAAAUAUAUGUUAAUUUGCAAAUUUUAUAAAGGGAGGCCAAUAAUGUAAUGUUUUACCUAGGCCUUCCUAGUAUGUUAACAAGUGUAUAAUCUUAUUGCAAAUAAAUAAAACUUAACCU